UGUUCAUGGCUUGUUACUCAAGACUCGAGCAUUGAGGCUUGGGGAGUAAAUGUUGAAAUGACACCUGAUGACAUGAUGGCGAUGUGUAUUAGUGGAGAGAGACCACAAUUACGGAACGUAGAGAGAGAGAAAGAAAGAAAGAAAGAAAGAAAGAAAGAAAGUCAUCUAGCCUCCUUCAGAAAGUCACAGAAGAAAGAAAGGCAACACUCAGUGAAGGGAGGUGGACAGAGAGAUGAAAGAACGAGAGAAAGAAAGAAAGAGAAAGAAAGAAAGAAAAAGAAAGCCAUCUAGCCCACUUCAGAAAGUCAGAGUUAGAAGGAAGGAAGGCAACACUCAGUGAAGGGAGGUGGACAGAGAGAUGAAAGAACGAGAGAAAGAAAGAAAGCAAGCCAGCCUCGACUGUGGAUGGAUGAGCAGGUCUCGCAGCGCCUAUGAAGCUGGAUGAUCCAAGUAAACACGGUGACAUGUUGGACAUCAAUGACAAUGUGAAAGAGGACACAAAAAUUAAAGAAAGCCAACCAGUAGAGAUUGAGUACGACAACACCAAGUAUUACGACACAAAGUACACCAGAGUGUAUUUAACUCCCUCAGAAUACCAGAUGAGCACCUGCAGCCAAAGUGCGACCUACACUCUGACCAAUGCGCCACCUGUCCCCGCCGACUUUGUGACAGCAUGGGCGGACAUCAUUAAAGGGAUCAAGAUGGAGUUAAAUGAAAGCUGCUAUUUGGUCCAUGGAGCCAUUACCCACAAGGAAGGCAAGUGGAUCCCAGACAAGAAACAUGAGCGAGUGGCUGUCCCAGAGCUCGUAUGGAUGGCUUACUGCUGCCCGGGUAUCCAGAAAGUGUUUCUUGGCCACAGUGAUGAUGAGGAAACAAUCAACUUUGAAGUGCCCAACAAAAAGUUAAAGCUGAAACGCCGAGAAGUAAUCGAGAUUCUACUGCCGGAGCUGAGCGCCAUCCUGCAAACUCAUUUGAAUUUCAAGACCAAAUGCGAGAAAUUCUGCCUGGGCCCUUGA